CUUUGCUGGGAACCAAUCCCGUACUUCCUUAGCAAAGUUCAAGAUUACCUCAAGGACCCCGGGACUUUCGGCAAUUCAUUUUUGCAUUACUUGUGUCUCAGUGCAAUUUGCUUGUGGCACAAGCGAAACAAGAAACAUCGACUUGCCAGCUUGUAUUAUAAAGCUGCGAAGCGUCGUUUGAGACUGGCAAGACUCAUCUUCACUCACACAAUCUCCGACUAUUACACCUUCCUCAUAGAGGUGGAUCUCAUAACGUUGAGUGAACAUUUGGAAAAUCGCGACUGGCAUAACUACGAAAUUUGCCGAGGACGGGUUGAAGAUGAAAGCAGCAAAAAGUCUGACGAAAACGACUUUCGAAUAAACAGGGUC